AUGGACUUCUCAGUGACUGCGAUUGGAGAUGUACAAAAUGUGCUUUUUGCUAUGCAGAAGAAUUUGGAGUGCCCAAUAUGCCUGGAUGUGAUAGAAGAGCCGGUUGCAACAAAAUGUGAUCACAUAUUCUGCAGGUUCUGCAUGUUCAAACUCCUCAGCAAAAAGAAAAAAGGUGCGAUCCAGUGCCCGCUGUGUAAGGCUGAAGUUACCAAGAGAAGCCUGAAAGAAAAUUCCAGAUUUAAGCAACUAAUUGAAGGAUUGUUGGAAACUAUCCGGGCAUUUGAGCUUGACACUGGAAUAAAGCUUUUAAACAGUCACCAAUUUCCUAAACCACCCGCAGAAGCCACUGCUGCCGAGUUCCUGUGUAAAGAAGGUUCUGUCAUCCAAAGUAAAGGCUUCAGAAACAGGACAAAAAGUGCAAAAGAAAAUGGACAAGAAAACUGCACGGUGGAAGCUGAUGUGGAUAUGCCACUUAGAGAUACCAGGGUCAGAAGGCGUCCCCUAAGAAAUAACACUCGGAAGUGCGGCCCUGAGCAAGGGAUCUAUAUAGAGUUCGGCUCUGAUUCAUCUGAAGAGCAUUUUAAGCAGGCAAGCACUACUGGGUUAGAAGACAAAGAAGCACUUCAGGUGUCACCUCGAGAAAAGUCCAAAGAGCUUAAGAGUGCUGAGAAUGGGGACGAAUGUUCCUGCAACGCACAGCCUGACAAGCUGGGUGCUGAAGAAACAAUUCUACCAAAUGUUGUAGGUGAAAGUGGUGUCUUGAAGGAAGGCUUGAGCGAGAAAAGCGCCUGGAGCAGCACUGAACAUGCCGAACCUGGCCGAGUGCAUAUGACUGAGUACCAGAGUUCUCCUUUAAAUGAUCUUGCUGUGGACCUACUCACCGAGCAGUGUGACCAAAUAGGUGAUGCCAGUGCCUUAAGGAAGGGGGACACGUCUUUCCUUAAGAAUACAGAAGAAGGAGGUGCCGAGCAAACUCAGUGCAGAGACUUGAACGAUAGCUCAGAGACCAGGUCGGGUAAAAGCAAGGAAACACAUGUUGUGCAAAGUGUGGAAGCUGUGGAAAUGUGUGAACCUGAGAAUGAUUCUUUCCGUGAAAAAGAAGUUCCUCUGGAGAAACUACUUCAGCCAGAGUCGCUCCACUGUGCUACGCAGGAUCAAGUCUCUAGGAAGAGACUGAAGCGAAGCAUUCAGAAAGUCAAUGAGUGGCUUUCAAAAAGCAAUGAGAUUCUGCCUUCUAAUUCUUCCCAGGAUGAUUCUGCUGGAGCAACUGAUGUUUCAGGUGAAGGAGAGACAUGCUUAUCAGAUAAAGAUUCCUGUAUCUCCGAAAAGACUGACCCUAUGGUAUAUUCCAUGGUAAUUGCAGUGGCUGAAGGAAAUGAGAGAUGGUCAAAACAAACAGCAGAUAGCCUCAAAGACAAAAUAUUUGGGAAAACGUACAAGAGAGAGAGGAAGUCAAAUCCCCCUGUUAUCUUGAGGGAGACUUUACCUACCACAAAGAAGGAAGGUGUGGCUGCUGCUACGUGUUUGAGUAGUUCCAGCAAAGACAGACUGAAACGCAAAAGGAAGACUGCCAGGGUCCUGCAGCCUGAGGAUUUCAUCAAGACAAAAGGUGCAGAAGAGGCAGGUGGGUGCCCUCCAAGUGCUGACUGCUGCCCUGGAGGUGGUGAAGGCUCUGCUGUUCAUGAGAGUUGCCUCUCUGAGAAUAGAGAGGAUCACACACUAGGAGAACUUGAGGAAGGAGGAGGAUCCAUAUGGAAAAAAGCUACUGAAAAGGUGGCAGGCAAGCACUGUGCUGGGGAGCUGGAUCCAAACAACUGUGAUGAGACAAGCACUAAAAAAAUUUCUGCAGCUAAAAAAUGUAGGCGGUCUACCAGAGCCAUGUGUGCUCUGCAAUUGGUAGUGGACAGAAACUAUGUGUCCCCUGAUCCAGCCGAGUCGCGCAUCGACAGCUAUCCGAGCAGUGAAGAGCCAAGGAAAGUGGAUUCUGAGCAAAGGCAAGUCAGGCGCAGCAGGAGGCUUCAGCUACUUGCGGAAGAAACGACAAAAGGAACAGGAAAAGGUGUAAUUAAGGGAGAAAGAAAUGCCAGGGAUCAGGAAGGCUCUUCCUCUGGAGUUCAGAGGAGUGCGUUAGUUCACACUUCUGAAUGCCAAGGCCUGAGUGAGCCCCAGGGUUUGUGGCAUUCCAAGCCACUCCCUGAUCUGAAGGAGGUUGAUCUGGAAGCAAAUGAGAGACAGAUGAGUCUAAAGAAUUCAUCUCGGACUGCAAAAACGGGAGAAGGUCUCUUCAGUCCUCCGUGUCAGCGUUCAGGCAGUGGUGCCUUCACACCUGAUGCGGCGUCUCCAGAAGGUGAAGUAUGGGCUAGCCCUUCCCCCCUACAGUCUCCUUCAGUGCCUGUUGUGCGAACCGUCUCCCACCCGAGCGCAGAGAUGACGGCAUCACGUGCUGCUUUUCCCCAGGAUAACGCAGAUGACACACACAAUGUUCCAGGGGACUUCACAUCUGAAAAGCUGCCAGCAGCUUCGGGGCCCAGCAAGGAGGCUGAAGAUAGCGAGUUAGACACACAGCACCUGCGAAACAUAUUUAGGCACUCGAAACGCGCAUCAUUUAGUCUUUACCCUGCUCCCAUGAAGGCGUGUGCCAUCGAAGAUGCUGCUUCUGGAACGCCAAAGAUACGUGCUGAUCCGGUAGAAAAUAAUCACAGCAAACAUUCCAAACCAGAAAACUUUCAAGAAGAGGAGCCGCCUGCCCAAAGCUUGAGUGGGGUUUGUGAGGAGGAGAAGCUGCAGGGCGGUGAAUGUGGUCACGUUAGUGCUGCGACUGGCUCUGCUGGCAGCAGGGGAUGUGUGCGCGCAGGGCAGUAUGGAGAAGCUGUUUCCCAGGUUGCAAGUGGAGGGAAUCUGGCACCAGGAAGGAUGGAUACUGCGGGGCCUGAGGACAAAAACCAACCGUGCAAAGGAGGGCAGGGAAACGCAAAGACAGUGUCAGCUGACGUGGGGAUGGACAGCGAGUGGAGGCAGAAUCCAGUCGAAAGUAGCAGAAGCCAGAGUGAUCGGAGUAAAACAGAGGGGCAGGUUUUUCAAAGCACUGAUCUAAACACAGUCGAUGAAGGGCAUUUCAGCUCAGAAAGCAACGAAGCAGGAAAGGCCAGAGUCGUGGACAGCAAAGGACCAACCCUGCAUCUUCCGCCUGGCUCAACGAUUUGUCCUGUGGAGGUCAGCGGCCAAGGUGUUGGCAGAGAAAGCGAAAGGAAACCAGUGACAAGGAACAAAGCCCAAGCAGCCCAAACUGGCCCAGGGGCGCCCGAGUGUUUAGCUGCAGAGGCUCUAGAAGAACCUUGUAAAGGGAAGAGUGAUUUUACGGGUUUGUCCGAAACGCCUGAUGGCUUGCUGUGCUCUGAUGGCGAUACCGAGGAGAACACCAGCUUUUCUGAAACUGAUCAGAGGGAGAGAUCCGCUGUGUUUGUUAAAAGAAGUGAUGGUGCCCUGGUGAAAGAGCUGCACGGUGGAAAUGUGAGCCCCAAGCCCAGACCUCGAAGAAGAGUGCAGAGACUGCCAUCUUCGGAUGAGGAAUCUAGCGAGGAUGAUUUCCCGUGUUUCCAGACACUGUUGUUUGGGGACUCCGCAAGCACACCUUUGCAGGUCAGCAAACAAGGGACAGCAGCCGUAGAGCCUUCACUGCGCUCCAGCACGUUGCCUCGCGAUGGACGUCAUGACGACAGCGUUCGGCAGAAAGGGCCUGAGCCUGCCCUAAGCAGUGGGUGUGUUUCGCCGAGCCAGGAGUCGGAAUGCUCUGUCAACUUAUUUUCGUCCCAGUCCAACACCUCUGAAGAACCAGCUGAUGGAGCACAAGAGCUGAAGAAGCCUUUAAUCCAAGUUCCUACGUCCCCCCAAGUGAGCAAUGUGAGUGAGGGUAAAGAAGCUCUUUGGAGUGGUAACGGAGGGCUGAAGAGGAGCAGACCCGCUGUCAGAGAUGACUGCCAAGAAGACCCAAACACGGGAGCAAACCUAGGUGAAGUGGCUGGAUACGACAGCGAAACGAGUUAUGUGGAAGAUUCAUGCGGACCGCUCUCGCAGGGGGAAAUCCUGUCUACACAGCAGAAGAACGCCAUGCAAAAUAACCUCAGAAAACUUCAGCAAGAAAUGGCUGUCCUGGAGGCAGUGCUGAAGCAGCAUGGAAGUCAGGACUGUGAACCUCUACCUAUCCACAAGGAACUGCCACAUUCCAGUAGUGAAGGAGCACUUGGGAUGGGAGAGAUGAGACGAGCAAGAG